CUCUGGCCUGCCCCCUCUCCGUCCAGGACUGGAGUCGGCUGAGUCUUCCGUGGAUCUCUCCUGUCCGCCCCUUCCGCUGUCCUCAGGCCUUAUUGGCCCCUUGUCUCCCCAGUAACCAGACUACAACAGUGAGAGUGGAGCUACAAAGCCUGGUCAGGCACUCAAGCCGGUAGAGCCCAGACCUCGCCCCCACCCCAGCCCAAUCCGGCCAGGGUUCAGAGGUGCGGAGAGGUGGCCCAAGGACCGAGUCAGAGUCAAGCCGCAGGACCCAGAUUGUGUGUUUGGGGAGCGCCGCCACUAUGUCCAGGAUGCGUUUGGGUAUGUCCGCCAGGAGCGCCCGCUCCGAAGAAGGAAGUGAGAUCUUCCUGGAGGGAUCAGCGGAUGGGGAGCUCAGCCGCCUGCAACGGCAGCGCAAGGUGAUGGAGCUGGAAAGGCGGGCAUACAGCAAGGAAGUUCAUCAGCGCAUCAGGAAGCAAGUCGAGGAGAUUCGGCAACUGGAGAUGCUUCGAGCCAAGCUCCAGAUGCAGAUUAACAUAGCGCAGAGCCAGGUCAAGCGGCUGGGGGACAAGAAGCAUCUGGCGGAAAUGGACCGUCUUCUCAAGUGCCGGGCCCAGGUGCAGGUCGAAAUCGAAGCGCUGCAAGAGCAGAACCGGGCCCUGGACAAGCAGAUCCAGGACUGGGAGACCCAGAUCCUCACACAGAGUAAGGAAGCCUCAGCUCCCGAUGCCAUCAGGGAUCAGAAGAUGAAAAUCCAGAGAAGGAUCAGGAUCCUAGAAGACCAGCUGGACAGGGUCACCUGUCACUUUGACAUCCAUCUGGUGAGGAACGCGGCCCUGCGGGAGGAGCUGGAGUUGCUGCGCAUCGAAAGGGGCCGCUACCUGAAUAUGGACCGCAAGCUGAAGAAGGAGAUCCACCUACUGCAGGAGAUGGUCGGAGCCCUCAGCACAUCCUCUACCUCUGCUUACACUGCCAGGGAAGAGGCCAAGACCAAGAUGGGCAUGCUGCAGGAGCGCGCAGAGAAGGAGCUGGCUCAGAGCGAUACAGAGGCACAGAUCUUGCUGCGACAGAUAUCGCAUCUGGAGCAGCUGCACCGAUUCCUUAAGCUCAAGAACCACGACCGACAGCCGGAUCCUGGUGUGACGCAAAAGGAGGAACAGCGAGCCUGGGAAAUGUCAGAAGGACUCGGAAAGACCUCCCAAGAGAAGCUAGUGCUGCGUUAUGAGGACACACUGAACAAACUGGCCCAGCUGACGGGGGAGAGCGACCCUGACCUUUUGGUGGAGAAAUACCUGGAGUUGGAGGAACGCAACUUUGCUGAGUUUAACUUCAUCAAUGAGCAGAACUCCGAGCUACACCAUCUGCAGGAGGAGAUUAAAGAGAUGCAGGAAGCCUUAGUCAGUGAGCAUGCCAGUCAGGAUAAACAGCGCGCCGAGCGAGAGCAGCAGUGCAGCGUGCUGCAGCAGGACGUGGACAAGGUGUGCACGGAGUCGGAGCAGCUGGAGGCUCGCUUCCAGGUUCUCCGAACUCAGCUGGAAAAGCUCAAGACUGAUAUCCAGCUUCUCUUCGACAACGCUAAGUGUGACAGCAGUGUCAUCAAGGAUCUCCUCGGGGUCAAGACCUACAUGCGGGACAGGGACAUAGGCCUCUUCCUGAGCACCAUCGAGAGGCGGCUGGUGCAGCUCCUCACCGUGCAGGCCUUCCUGGAGGUCCAGAACCACGUCCCUUUGGCUGAUGCUGCACUUCUGGCACUGGGCCAGAGCCUACGGGAACCCCCAAAGAAGACCACGCCACUGAAGCCUCCUGAUACCAUGGAGGACUCCUCAGGGGCUGUGAUCAAAGAGGACUACCCUAUGAGCAAGGAGGAGCUGCUGAGUCAUGUCAUGAAGUCGCUGCAGGUCCAGGACGACGAGGAGGAGUCCCAAAAGAAGCUGGACAGCAGCCCAAGCCUGACUCUCUCCAGCCCACAGAUCUCCCUGGCCACCACCGGCCCCAUACAUUCGAGGAGAACCAGUACAGUCCCUGAGUCCAUCCUGAGCCACAAGACGGCCCGAGGCCGUGGCACUGGCUCCGUAAGCCAUGUCACCUUUGGGGACUCUGCCUCUGCUGUAGGCCCUGUGACCUUGGCUUCGGCCAGCGCCAGUGGAAUGCCUGUGUCCAGCCGGGGCUCUCAGGGGGGCCGUGGGGGCUUCAAGCACACCAGCUCCAGCAGCUACCUGGGGUCCACUGGCUACCUAGAGACCAGCAGAGGCCGAGAGAGCAUAGCAGGCGGCCUUCACAGCCAAAGCAUGGGAUCGGAGUUGAGUCGAGGCCUCAGUUCCAGCAGUGGCCACGCAUCCAGCGCUGUCCCCGCCUCCAGGCCUAGUUCCUCUACUAGCAAGGACUCGAGGGGCUACAACUAGGGCCGUAGGUCCCUUCCUGCCUCAACUCUUGGCAGGUUUUCUAGUUUCUGCCCUGCUCCUCCCCAGAAACUCCUUUCCAAUCCCCAAAAGCCCAGGCCUCUUCAGUUUUCUUCCGUCUCUUCCCAUCUCUCCCCAUCGUUGCCGCCUCUGCCCUGGCCUUGCCUCUGUUCUCCUCCUUGCCCCCGGCCCCCUCCUCCUCAUCUCUCUUCCGCACUUCCCUUCAUCUGAUGUCUCUGUCUCCUAACUGGAUUACCCUCCUUUGACUAGGUGAACUGUAACAAUAGGAAAUAAAGGUCAGA